UUGUCUUCCGGCUUCAAACAUCACUGUUUAGAUAUGAUCAGACUGUAUCAUCCUCUGUAAUAUUUUUGUCUUUUUUAAUUGAAUUGCUGUGGUGGAUGCUGACAUGGAAGAUAGUGAAAAGAAAGCCCCAUCAGUAAUCGAUCGUUAUUUCACCCGCUGGUAUAAAACUGAUCUGAAAGGAAAAGCAUGUGAGGAUCACUGCAUUCUACAGCACUCCAACAGGAUAUGCGUCAUCACACUUGCAGAGUCUCAUCCUAUCCUUCAGAAUGGACGAAAAAUCAAAAACAUAAACUAUCAGAUCAGCGAUGGAUGCAGCCGUCUGAAGAACAAGGUGUCUGGAAAGUCAAAGCGAGGUGGUCAGUUCCUGACAGAGUUUGCACCACUGUGUAGAAUAACGUGUACAGAUGAACAGGAAUACACCAUAUUCAGCUGUAUCAGAGGACGUCUCCUAGAAGUGAAUGAAGCCAUUUUGAACAGGCCAGAUCUGUUAUUGGAAAAGCCUUCCACAGAGGGAUACAUUGCCGUUAUAUUACCUAAAUUUGAAGAGAGUAAGAGUGUCACUGAAGGCCUUCUGACCAGAGAACGAUAUGAGGAGGUUCUGACAAAAAGAAACCAACAAGAAGAGCCUUGAAACUGCCGAGACUGCUUUGAAGAAAAAUUACUUCAAGCAGGUGGAAACGUCAGUGGCAUCAUGAAUGUGUGCCACUUACAUUUCAAAAAACACCUUGAUAAAAUCUGAAGGAAUGAAGACUUGUCUGCUGGAUCCAGAGCAGUCUUGGCAUUUUGUUGGACCACUAUUCAUGAGAUGCAUAACAAUGCCAGUGCCAUGGGUAUUGUUUAGUGUUUAGUUUAUUGUUUCAUUAAGAACUGGUUUAAUUUGAGAAGUAACAGGUCUGUGUCCUCACAGACACAUUAUUUCCCUUCUGGUUACUAUAAAACUGCUUAUGGCCCUAA